AUGUCGGACAACGAAGACGAAGUGACACCUUUAGAAUCGUUUCCCACCGAAAUAUUAUCGCACAUUUUCACUUUUCUACCAGCGAAACAGUUGACGAAAUGCCGGGAAGUUUGCAUCCGCUGGAAGAACGUCAUCGAUACCCUCAACAAAUACCAUUCAUUGUGGUAUAAGUUUUGCGGAAAGGACUUUAAAAACGUUUACAAAUUCGCUCACCGGCUCUCCCGUCCUCAGAUCACUUGGCACGAGCUCUACAGGUCUCUGACUCUGUGGAGGCAACUGCACCUCGCUAGACAGCACUACGACGAAUUCGCGUCAGCAACCACGGUGGCCAGCGAAAUCCAGGGCUUCAGAUAUUUACGAAACGGAACGGCCGGCGUCCACACUAAAGCCGGCGUGGUGUAUUAUGAUUUGGACACGCUACAGCGAAGCAAACGCGCAGUUAUUUACGGCGACUACAACCGCUAUGUCGAAACCGACGACACAGUACUCCUGAUGAAUAGCAAUCUACAUUUGUUCAUAACAAGAAAACUAAUACGUAGCCCCAAGCACAUAGCUAGUAUUUCUCAUGAUAAUUGUAAACUGUUUUAUGUGAUAGACAACGUAGUUUAUUACGUAUCUCUAAACGAGAGUAUAUACGCUGUGUACCUGUCCGAUAAAGAAUUAAAAUCGCAUUUCCUAGUACAGUCUACGGAGGGCAUCAUUUGUUUAGGGCAUACAGGCAAAAACUUGAACAUCAUUACGUUGGAACGGAAUAUUUAUACAUUAAUCGGACAUGAAUUACAACUACAGUGUACUAUAACAGAGGAGAGUAAUUUGUUACAUGAAUUCAAUAAGUAUAACCUGUUCGACCAUUUCGAUUGGAGAGUAUACAUUCAAUGGAUGUUUGCUCUAUGUUUCAAAUUACCGGAAGGUCCACUACGAGAUAUAGUGACGGUGAGGUCAUAUGGAGACAUAUUUUUUGUCGGCUCCGAUUGGGGUGUACUAAGAAUAUAUCAUUCGCCGUUCACAAAUGGAGAGUUAGACUUCAUGAACCACAUGCCAUUGAAACAGUAUAAUUUUAUGGAGAGAAGCGACUGCCCAGUGCUCUCGGUGUGUCCAAUAAUUGAAAUCGAAGUAAUGGAGAUAGUCGACGGGCAUAUAAUCAUGGUAGCGAUGCCUAAGAAAGUGGCAGUACUCACAUUUAGUCACUGUUUCAAGAGGGCUGCCUCGAUAGCAAUGUUUUCCAAUUCCAAUCUUCAGAGAGUUAAGUUUUUGAAGAUUGAGGAAGAAGUUGGAGCCAUAUAAUUUUUAGUACAAGUUUUUUUGUCUGAAAACUAAUGUAGGGAAGAAAUCUGAUAGUAAAAAAAAAUUCGAAGAGGGGCUUGGAUGACUGAGACUAAUUCAAUGCAGAAGCACAUUUUGAGAUGUCGUUACAGAGAGAACUUUCAAUCGAAUCUCGUAUAAAUUUAAACAUAUAAUAUGAAGUUUAAUAGAAUAUAAUAUAGAUUAUGGUCUGAGAUCUAAGUUAUAUACAUAUUCCUACUUAAUGUUGAAUGAUAGCAGCAUCAGCUAUUUACUUGUUUUUCAAUUAAACAGUAUUAAUUGGGUCUUUUAAACUCACUUUAAUUAUGUACAUAUGUUUAAGUAAUAUCACCUUCACACUACACCUACCAAGCUUCAUCUCUGCACUCCCCUAAGGUAGACUGUUAGAGAAUGCAUAUGGCAUUAAGUCCGCCUUUAUACUUUCUAGUAUAAGAAGUUAUAAAUAAAAAAAUAAAAUAAAAAUAAUUAGGUUGGUAUGUGUGUGUGUAUCUCUUUUUGUAUGUAACAUAAUUUUUAAACGUGAUUUUAACUGACUUUAAUACCUAUGUCAGAUUAACUUGGAAAUUAGUGUGUGCAUCUAUCUAGGACUGAUAAGAAUAUUUAGUUGGUAAUCUACAUAUUUGUUAACUAUAAUUUAUUAGAGUAUAUAUACAGUAUAUACUAGUAUAUGUAAUUUAUUAUAUAUUAAUUGCAUUAUUAUAUUAUAGUUAAAUAUAUGUACCUACCUGGUUAGCAAAUUUCAACCAAACUUUUGUUUUUCGGGUGGCGUAGAUUUAAAUUCUAUUUAGGAACGGAAGGAUGAGCGAUUGUUCUUAUAUAUAUCGACGCUUGAAAGGCAAACGUGACUAAUCGACAAUGCGUGAACUUUACAAUAGACUAAUUUAAAUUUGAAAUACCUGAAAACAAUUUUUUUUUAACGAAUCUAGCUGUAGUAGAAUCUAGCUAGUAGCUGUAGGAUUGAAAUGAUUUUAAUAGACUUAGAAAUAUAUAUUUUUUUGCGCAUCGAAUAUGGUUAUUGCCUAUCAUUUAUGUACAAAGCAGUUAUUGUCGCUUAGUCACGUUUGCCUUUCAAGCGUCGAUAUAUAGAAAUGUGGUAUUGAAAUUUUAAGGUUAGCUUGUUGAUGGGGUGAAACCUAUUUGGUUUAAGCGGCAUUUUUGCAACUUUACCGGAGAGCCAUUUAAUGUUUAACAUUUUGAAAAAAUAUCAUAACAAAAAAAACACUUGUUCAGUUAUUCGAAUGGAGUAAACUUAUAAGUUUAAUUAAAAACAUGGAACUGUUGUUGUUGUUUAAAAACAGCGCCAUAAACUAUUAAAGUAGGAUACUAAAAUAGGAAGGAAAGAAACACUUUCUACGUAAAUAGUAAUAAAAAUAAAUACAUAGUUGUGAUUUUAAAUUACCUA